AUGGUACAUGCAGGAUCAGGCUUGAUCGAUAAUGGAGGAGAGAAUAAUGAACAUUGCGAAACAUGCAAUGGACCUGGUCAUUUCAUCUGUUGUGAUGGAUGUCCACGUAGUUUCCAUUUUGCUUGUAUCAAUCCGCCCAUGGACAUUGACGAAUUGCCUGUCACGAUGGGAGAUGAAGACGAUAAGUGGUAUUGCAAUGUCUGCAAAACAGAGAAAGACAAAAGCAAGGAAAAAGCAAAGGCGAAUUCGAAUGGAAAAGGGGCUGCCAGAUUUCAGCCUCUAUUCACCUAUCUCGACCAGACUAAUCCGACCAUAUUUGCUUUGCCCCUAGAGAUUCGCAAUUAUUUCAAAGGCGUCGCUACUGCUGCUGAUGGUAGUUAUGUCGAUUCAAAUAUGCUUCGUCCAUUGAAG